CUGCUUCAGAGUCAGCUCUUCCUUUGUAGACAGACGCUAAACUCAGCUGAGCUCCGACCAGAGUUCAGCAUUUUGGUAUCCGGGAGCCUCUUGUGACAGUCAGCUGAUCUAAACCCGGAUAUGUGAAAGCUCUGAGCUCUCCUGUCUGACAACAAGUGGACUCACAAUUACUUUAAAACGGGUAGAAAUGGCCACAAACCCGCCCAAGUUAAAGACAAAGGUAGCUGCUAACGAGAGGAUGAAAAACUUAAAAGAAACCUUUGAGUCAAAGUAUGGGGAAUCUCCUCUCUUCUAUGCAUUUGCACCUGGAAGGGUAAACCUAAUAGGUGAACACAUUGAUUACUGUGGCUAUUCUGUGCUUCCAAUGGCCAUCGAGCAGAAUAUCCUCGCAGCUGUGUCAGUGAACAAUUCAGGGAAGAUCCAGCUGGCCAACGCAAAUCCUAAAUACAAGGAUUUCAGUGUGUCGUGUUCAGAGGAAAUUGCCAUAGAUAGAGACGAUCCACAGUGGUAUUAUUAUUUUCUCUGUGGGGUUAAAGGUAUUCAGGAGAAGUUUGGGCUAAACCAUUUAGCAGGGAUGUCCUGUGUCGUAGAUGGAACGAUCCCUCCGAGCUCCGGCCUGUCCAGUUCUAGUGCCUUAGUUUGUUGUUCUGGCCUCGUAACAAUGGAGGCAAACCAAAAGUCCCUCUCCAAGGUGGCUCUUGCGGAGAUUUGUGCCAAAAGUGAGCGAUACAUUGGCACAGAGGGAGGAGGCAUGGACCAGUCAAUUUCAUUCCUGGCAGAGGCAGGAACUGCAAAGCUGAUAGAGUUCCAGCCCCUGUGUGCUACCGAUGUCAAACUCCCCGAUGGUGCCGUGUUUGUGAUUUCCAACUGCUGCGUGGAGAUGAACAAAGCUGCUUCUUCUCACUACAACAUCCGUGUGGUGGAGUGUCGGAUCGCCACCAAGAUGCUGGCCCAGGCGCGGGGUGUGGACUCGAACAGGCUGUUGAAGCUCGCUCAUGUUCAGAUGGAGCUGAAGGCCUCCCUGGAGGAGAUGCUGGCUCUGGUGGACGAGGUGCUGCACCCCGAGCCUUACAGCCGAGAGGAGAUAUGCAAGGUGCUGGGCAUCACCUCGGAGCAGUUUUCAACAGAGCUGCUCAGCGCUAAUACUCAGGAAAUGACACAGUUCAAGCUUCACCAGCGAGCCAAACAUGUGUACGGGGAAGCUGCACGAGUCCUGCAGUUUAAGAGCGUGUGCGACUCUGAACCUGCCAAUGCCACGCGGCUACUGGGAGAGCUGAUGAACCAAAGCCACGCAAGCUGCAGAGACCUCUACGAGUGCAGCUGCCCUGAACUGGACCAAUUAGUUGAUAUCUGCCUGAAGUCAGGGGCUGUGGGUUCCCGCCUGACAGGAGCAGGGUGGGGAGGCUGUGCCGUUUCCAUGGUUCCCAGUGAGAAGGUGGAGUCUUUCUUACAAGCUGUUAGAGAAGAAUACUACCUCCCUGAUCCACGCAGGGCAGCAAUGGAAAAACAAAGUCUGUUUGUAUCAAAGCCAGGUGGUGGAGCUGCAAUUUACCUCGAGGAGUGAUCUUCAUAAUCCAUUUCUGUUUUUAUACCGGUUUUUAUACCACAAUCAUUCAGUUUCAGUUAAAUGGGUUUCAGUUUCAGAAAUGGGUUUUUCUUACACAUGUGACUAAUGAUAUGAUGACUGAUAAAUUUAACUUUUUCCUCUAUAUAGAUCACGCUGGAAAAUAAGGGCCAAAGAUUUGCUUCCGUGGUGCAUUCAAACAUGUUCUUUUUUAUUAUAAUGAAAGAUUUUGUUGAGAAGUCAUUGUCUGUCUGCACAUUUUUCUCAUAAACAAAAAGACAGCAAAUGUAAGAAAAACAGCAACAAAAACAAACUUGUGCUGUAUAAAAUUCAUCUAUAUUAAAAUUUCAGACACUAACAUUAAAAGGCAAAAAAAAACCUCUCUCCAUGUGCAUUAAUGGAAACGCAGAGUGUUGGGGUUGUAGUGUAUUAAAGACAUUCAAAAGGCUCAAAUGCUGGAUGUCAACUUCUGCACAGUAACAUUUUUUUACUUCAUAAAAGAGCAUUGAUUGUUGGAGGCUUAGAGGUCUAUGCAUCAUAUACCAAAGAAGUGAGAGAGAGUGUGUGUGUGUGGGUGGGUGUGUGUGUGGGGGGGGGGGGGGGGCAUUUUUUAGUUUCGUAGUACAUAAGAGUGGCCCUUUUACAUGUUAUUCAUGUAAAAUGAUAAUAAAAAUUAAGUAUGAAGCAAGUAAAUGGUUAAAAUGCAAAUCCAAAUAAGUUUGUGAGAGAGGCAAGAGAUGGUUUGGAGAUGUGGAGGAGAGAGUGGUUAUUUUAUAAUAUGAAGCUGCCAGGCAGGAGGAGAAGAGGAAGGAGGUUCAUGGAUGUGGUGGAGGAGGAUAUGCAGAGAGGUUGGUGUGACAGAGGAAGAUAUUAUGGAUAGGCUGAGAUGGACCCCUAAUGAAAGCAGUUGAAAGAAGAACACUAUGUGAGGGUUUUCAGCUAGGGGUAUAUCUCAUUCUUUCCUUAUGAAUCCAUCAGUGGCAAAACGCUCAAAAGCCUUUAUUAUAUCAUAUUUUACCUGGCCUGUGUUUGCAUCUCUUUUAUGAACAAUUAUCUACUUCAAAAAACUGGGAUGGUUUAAGUAAUUUUUAAAUGUAAAACUUAUCCACUUCUUUGAUGUUUCUUUGAUGUAUGAUCAAACCUCACUUAUUUUCUUAUGUCUUACUCAAGCCAUGCAUUCCAGUUUUACUUUGUCCUUAAAUAUACUCAGGCCAAAUCAGAGAUGACAUAUUAAAUAGAAAAGAGCUGUCUUUAACAGAAACUAUUAAAGGCACAGCACAGGGCAAUGGAUCUCAGAGCAGUGUCACUGUGGUAUGCUGUAUGCCACAAACUGUAAAAUGUAUUAAACGUUUAAAAUCUGUAAUUAAUUGUGCUUACCAUCCUAUUCAGCAGCAUUACUUCAGUAUUUACAAUACUUAUUUUUUAGCACUUUGGAUGUAUGUUAAGAAGAAAGUGUGUUUCAGUGCAUAGUUUUUAAAGAUGGUGCAUUUUGUACUUGUGGCCAGGGCGAUCUUCCCUUUUGUAAUUUGCGAGCCCGGCCCUAAAAGAGUUGGGGCAUUGGGGCACUGUGUAAGAUGUAAAUAAAAACAAAAUGCGAUGAUCUGCGAAUCUCAAACCCACACAAUAAAACCUAGAAAGCAUGUCAAAUGAUUAAACUGAGACAUUUUACUAUUUGA